CAGGAGGAGAGGGAGCGGCCCAAAGCUGCAUCAGGGGAAGCUCGGGUUGGACAUCAGGAGGAAUUUCUCCAUGGAAAGGGUUUCAGGCAUGGGAAGUGCCCAGGGAGGUUUGGAGCGCCCAUCCCUGGAGGUGUCCAAGGAAUUCCUGGAGGUGGCACUCAGAGCUCUGGGCUGGGGACAAGGGCUCGGGAUGGACUUCCUGACGCUCUUCCUGAUUUACCUGUGCUCUGUGCUCGCCCUCACUGCCCUGCUGUGCCUCUGCUCGGGGAGGAAGGAGAGUUUCCUCGCAAGGAGUGUCAACAGGGCAAGCCAGGUCUUGUCACUGGUGAUCCCCACCCAGCUCCAGAGGGUGACACACCGGGCGCUGCACAGGCUCUUCCACACAAGGAGCUGUUUGUUUGUGGUCCUGCACGUAGCCCUGCAGGCAGCAGUGUUUGGGGAAUACACCUGGGAAGUGUUUGUGUACUGCUGGGAGCUGCAGUUCCACCUCCUGCUCCUGCUCCUGCCCUACCUGCUGCUGGCUGGGAACCUGGGCUGCUUCCUGCUCUGCUCCCGGGCCAACCCUGGUACAGUAACGAAAUCCAACGCUGCAUCCCUGGUUAAGGUUUAUGCCUAUGAUGGGGUGUUGUUUCAGAGAGGCCUCGUGUGUCCCACGUGCACCGUGGAGAAACCAGCCAGGUCCAAGCACUGCAGUGUCUGCAGGACGUGCGUGCAUCGCUUUGACCACCACUGCGUGUGGGUCAACAACUGCAUCGGGGCCUCCAACGCCGGCGUGUUCCUGCUCUACCUGCUGUCCCUGACGGCCACCGCCGGGGCCGUGGCUGCUGUCACGGCUGCGCUCCUCGUCCAGGUGCUGCUGCUCUCCAACAUCAUGCAGGGAACCUACCUGGAUGCCCAGGGACAGGAGCACCCCGUGGAGAUUGCCUUCCUCGUGCAGCACCUUUUCUUGACUUUCCCUAGGAUUGUCUUCAUGCUGGGGUUUGUCAUCCUGCUCACACUCGUGCUGGGGGGAUAUUGCUCCUUCAGUCUGUAUUUGGCCCUCACCAACCAAACCACCAAUGAAUGGUGCAAAUCCCGAAGAUUUGGGGGCUCCCCCCAGCUCCCCUCACAGCCUCAUGACAGACCCCUCGUCUACAAAAACAUUUAUUCUAAAGGGAUCUGGAGGAAUUUAAAGGAAAUCUUUAACCCUCCUACCGUGUUGGAAAGAAAGAAGAAAACAUGAAGGUAUUAUUGUUUCUCUGGGCAUUUUUAAAUGUUUUCUAAGACUUUAGUUCAGCAGUGGACUUGGCUGCCCCAGAGAGAUUUUGGAACAUGAUUACUGCAGAAUUCACAAUA